AAAAAAAUAAAAAAGUUAUUUUGUCUUCUUCCAAAUAUUUGUGUUCUGCGUUGUGUAGAUAGAUCUUAGAUCCAAACUCUUACGCUCUUCUUCAGCUGAUUUCUACUUCACAAAUCACAAGAACUAUGCCUUCUCAAAAGGUUGAAACGGGUCAUAAAGACACGGUCCAUGAUGUUGCAAUGGAUUACUAUGGUAAGAGGCUGGCUACGGCCUCAUCCGAUCACACCAUUAAGAUUAUCGGGGUGUCCAACAAUGCCUCUCAGCAUCUAGCUACCUUGUCUGGUCACCAAGGACCUGUUUGGCAGGUUGUGUGGGCUCACCCGAAAUUUGGUUCUCUACUCGCUUCUUGUUCCUAUGAUGGGCGUGUUAUAUUGUGGAAGGAGGGUAAUCAAAAUGAAUGGACUCAAGCUCAUGUCUUCGAUGAUCAUAAGUCUUCUGUUAAUUCAAUUGCUUGGGCACCUCAUGAGUUGGGUCUUCGCCUGGCUUGUGGUUCAUCAGAUGGGAAUAUCUCGGUGUUCACUGCCAGACCAGAUGGUGGUUGGGACACUUCAAGGAUAGAUCAGGCUCACCCUGUUGGCGUAACUUCGGUGUCUUGGGCUCCCUCAACAGCGCCUGGUGCUCUGGUUGGUUCCGGCCUUCUAGAUCCCGUGCACAAGCUAUGCUCGGGUGGCUGUGACAAUACUGUGAAGGUGUGGAAGCUCAGCGACGGGCAAUGGAAGUUGGACUGCUUCCCUGCUCUUAAGAUGCAUACGGAUUGGGUUCGGGAUGUUGCUUGGGCACCCAACUUGGGACUCCCUAAGUCCACCAUUGCCAGUGCGUCGCAAGAUGGUAGAGUGAUCAUAUGGACCGUGGCCAAGGAGGGGGAUCAGUGGGAAGGAAAAGUUUUGAAUGAUUUCAAGACCCCCGUUUGGAGGGUUUCGUGGUCCUUGACUGGCAAUAUAUUGGCCGUGGCGGAUGGUAACAACAACGUUACCUUAUGGAAGGAAGCUGUAGAUGGCGAGUGGCAACAGGUGACAACCGUUGAACCUUAGGAUCUGAAUUUUUUUUUAAUUCUUUUUUCCAGGUCUCGCAUGUUAAUUUUGGAUUAUGGUCCUUAGAGCUUACUUCUUAAAUAUAGUUGACAUCACAUUUCAUUCCAUAUUAUACGGUUUGAGUAACUGUGCUUGGCAAGUUCCUUUGAUGUCGCGAUCCACUGAACACUCUGUGAUUGUAAGAUUGAAGUUGAAUAGCAUAAGCUGGUUUAUGUAUGGAUUGGAAUUUAGAAGGUCAUGUCUCUAGGAUAUCUGUGACAUUUCACUAGAAGUGAGUUGCAUAAACUUGUGGCGCAUCCUUUUUUAUUUUGCACAAGCAUGGAUUAAAUGGAUAGUUCUCUACAUAUUUUAA